UUAGACGCGAUAUUAUUGGGUGAAUUAUUGUUAUGUGUGGUUUAGUAGUUUAGUGGUUUAUUUAUCCGUAGUGUAUUAUUCAUAAAACGGGUGGAGUCUUUUGUCAACAGUUAAAUAGCGACAAGUGUCAGAAUAUUGGAGAUUUUUUAUAAUAUGGGUUGUGCGGUCAGUACAACAGGAGACAAAGCAGCAUCAGCAAGAUCUAAAAAAAUUGACAGAGAUUUAAGAGCAGAUGGAGAAAGGGCCGCCAGCGAAGUCAAACUUCUCCUCCUUGGAGCAGGAGAAUCCGGUAAAAGUACCAUAGUUAAGCAAAUGAAAAUAAUACAUGAAUUGGGUUACACGCAUGAAGAAUGUGAGCAAUACAGACCUGUUGUGUAUAGUAACACCAUACAGAGUUUGAUGACUAUUAUAAGAGCAAUGGGACAAUUGAGAAUUGAUUUUGCUGAUCCAAGCAAAGUUGAUAUUGCAAGGCAGUUUUUUACAUAUGCCAGUGCUGCAGAGGAAGGAGAAUUAACUUGUGAGCUAGUGAUGCUUAUGAAAAAAUUAUGGCAGGAUCCAGGAGUUCAACUGUGUUUCUCUAGAUCUCGUGAAUAUCAGCUAAAUGAUUCUGCAGCUUAUUAUCUAAACGCAUUGGAUAGAAUAUCUCAAAAGAAUUACAUUCCUUCUCAACAAGAUGUACUAAGGACAAGGGUCAAAACAACUGGAAUAGUUGAAACACAUUUCUCCUUUAAAAAUCUUCAUUUUAAGAUGUUUGAUGUAGGGGGACAAAGGUCUGAAAGAAAAAAAUGGAUCCACUGUUUUGAGGGUGUUACAGCCAUUAUAUUUUGUGUUGCUUUGUCUGGUUAUGAUUUGGUCCUUGCUGAAGAUGAAGAAAUGAACCGUAUGGUAGAAUCUAUGAAAUUGUUUGAUUCAAUUUGCAAUAGCAAGUGGUUUGUCACUAGUUCUAUAAUUCUUUUUCUCAACAAAAAGGACCUUUUCACAGAAAAAAUUGUCAAAAGUCCAUUAACAAUAUGUUUCCCUGAGUAUACAGGCCCUAAUACUUAUGAAGAUGCCUCUUCAUAUAUCAGAAUGAAAUUUGAAAAUCUCAAUAGGAGAAAGGAUCAGAAGGAAAUCUACACUCAUUUUACAUGCGCAACUGACACAAACAACAUUCAGUUUGUAUUUGAUGCGGUCACUGAUGUAAUCAUCAAAAAUAAUCUUAAAGAUUGCGGCCUACUGAUGUAAGUCUCUAUUUAGUUUGUUAGCAUUUAAUUAACAUUUUUGUUCAUUUCCAUAAACUCCCAAAAUAAUUUUAAUAUUUAUGGUAAUACAGAUUUACAAUACAAUAUUUACAAUAUAGUACUUAUAAGAGAUUCCCAAAUUAAGUGAACCAUUCUUGUGAGGUUUUUUUUUCUGUACCCUAUUAGAAAACCUGCAAUCGUCAUCAUUAAACACAGAUUUUUAAGAAUAAAUAAGAGCAGAGUAUUAUUCCUCAAAAUUACUUAGCAUGAGUCUCAUUUGAACUUCAUAUAUAUUUAUAAUUUUUUUCCAUACAUGACAUUUUUUGUAUUUUUUUGUUUCACCUGUAUGUUUUUUUUAUAUAAGUUAUGUUGCUAGUACUAAGAAUUUUCCCUCAUAAUAUGUUGCACUUAAUGUGUUACCCUGUGAUAAUGUUUAACCUUUAACUGUCGAAUGUACUCUCCUUUGAAAAUUAAUUUUUAUUGUUAUUUGCUGGUUAUACUGACUUUUAUCUCCAAAAAUGUGAUUCAGUUACCUUGCGUAAACUUACUCUCCAAUAAAGGCUCAAAAUUAAAAAUCGCUACGACCCCUAUUUCAAAGACUUGCAUGUUAUUUUUUGAACUGACAUACUAUAAUCAGUAUUCAUUUGUAUACAAAAUACAUUCUCCUGGUGCAACUAGCGUUAUUAUACUUAUAGAAACAGAAUUAAAAUAUUUUUGUCCUUUUUGAUACUUUUUUUUAUAAAGCGAAAAAAUGUUACUUUAGUGUAUUUUUGGUAUCAUAUUUUGUGUAAA